AAUAUAUAUAGUCUUUCUUUCGUUACUAUUAAUAAAGAUAUUUUUUUUUAAUUGAAGGUAUUUGAAAGUAUUUGACAAGAUGAGUAGUAAAUCUCAAAGAAAGCUCAAUUUUAAUGUUGGUGAAAACUAUGAGGUUCUAGAUGUAGUGGGUGAAGGAGCUUAUGGGGUUGUUUGUUCAGCUCUUCAUAAGUCAUCCGGUCAGAAAGUGGCCAUUAAGAAGAUAACUCCCUUUGAUCAUUCUAUGUUCUGUCUAAGAACCCUCAGAGAAAUAAAACUUUUGCGUUAUUUUAACCAUGAAAAUAUUAUUGCCAUUUUGGAUAUUGUUAAGCCCGAAUCUUUGGAGAAAUUUACCGAGGUUUAUCUCAUUCAAGAACUCAUGGAGACAGAUAUGCAUCGUGUAAUUCGCACUCAAGACUUAAGUGAUGACCAUUGUCAAUAUUUCAUCUAUCAAACCUUGCGUGCUUUGAAAGCAAUGCAUUCUGCUAAUGUUCUUCAUCGUGAUUUGAAACCGAGUAAUUUGUUACUUAAUGCUAAUUGUGACUUAAAGGUUUGUGAUUUUGGACUCGCUCGAAGUGCAAAUUCCAGUGAUGAGCAUAGUGGAUUUAUGACUGAAUAUGUUGCAACUCGAUGGUAUCGUGCUCCUGAGAUCAUGUUAACGUUUAAAGAAUACACCAAAGCCAUUGAUGUAUGGUCUGUUGGUUGUAUCCUGGCAGAAAUGUUAAGCGGAAAACCAUUGUUUCCUGGAAGAGAUUACCACCAUCAACUUACGCUUAUUCUUGAUGUUCUUGGUACACCAACAAUGGAAGAUUUCUAUGGAAUCAAAAGUAGAAGGGCUAGAGACUAUAUUCGUUCUCUUCCGUUCAAAAAGCGUAUUCCUUUCACUCAUAUGUUCCCUCACGCAAAUCCAUUGGCUCUUGACAUGUUGGAAAAAUUGUUGGCUUUUAAUCCUACAAAGAGAAUUACUGUUGAAGAAGCUUUGAAACAUCCAUAUUUGGAGCCAUAUCAUGAUCCUGAUGAUGAACCAUCUGCUGAUCCAAUCCCUGAAUCCUUUUUCGAUUUUGAUAAACAUAAAGACCAAUUAUCAAAAGAGCAAUUGAAACAACUCAUUUAUGAUGAAAUUAUGAGACCAAUAUAAUAUUAAUGUACUAAUCGGAAAUCUAAAGUUAUGUAAAAAUUUAUAAUGUAUGUAUUGUGGAUAUAAAUUUUAUAUAUUUUUAUUUAUUUAUUAUUUAUUUAAAGAAAUCUGUUUCAAUGAUACAUAGAAUAAUAUAUUUUCUUGAGAAAUUUUUCUGGUUAUAAGAUUGUAAUAAUUACUCAGACAUUUCAAUAUCAUCAUCAUCGCCUAAACCGAAUCUUUGAAGACAAAUAUUAUGACCAUAUUCGUUAAAUUCAGCACGUGUAACUAACUUUUCGUUAAAUUCAGUUGAAUUCGCAAAUUUAGCACCUCCUUGCCACGCGUAUGUGAUAGGAUUUUCUGACAUUCCAACUCUAAUUUCAAAUUCCGUUGGUGCAAGAAAACGUAAAUCUUUUU